AUGAUUAAAUGGCGAAUGUGGUCCUUCGGCAUUGCUGUUUUCCUUGGAGCUAUUUCAGAAGUUGCAGGCUAUGUUGGUCGCAUUCUACUGCAUAAGAAUGCCUAUUCUUCCACCGGAUUCGAAACUCAGAUUUGCACCUUGACAAUGGCACCCGCUUUCUGGUCAGCGGCCAUCUAUCUGACCCUGAAGCACGAGGUGAAUGUUCUUGGAACGAAAUUCUCUCCGCUGAAGCCCAAAUGGUACCCUUUCAUUUUCGUGAGCUGUGAUCUUAUUUCACUAUCACUCCAGGGAGCUGGAGGUGGCCUAGCAGCUACCGCUACCACAAGCCAAGGGAGUGCAACCGGCAGCGAUGUUAUGCUCGCAGGCAUCGUUUGGCAAGUUAUCACCUUGACUGUCUUCGGUCUCCUUUCUUGUCAAUUCUUCCUUCUGGUUAAGGGAACACCAAAGUACCAGCUCUCUGUCGAUGCACAGAAGCUUUGGGAGGAUCGGAAGUUCUGGUUCUUCUGGUGGGGAGUUGUACUGGCUUUUACCACCACUUAUGUUCGCUGUGUUUAUCGAAUUGCCGAGAUGGCCGGAGGCUGGAGAAACAAAAUCAUGCAAGACGAGACUGGGUUCAUCAUUUUCGAGUCUGUGUGA